AUGCAGCAAAAGUGGUUACUUGGCAUUGCCAAGAAUCCAGCAAAUUUCGCACACGACAAUAGUGCUAAGAAGAGUUUUGUAACUGAGGAUACGGUGGAGUGUCAGUUUAUAUAUGAGUUGCAAGGUAAUAUUUAUUUGAAUAGCGAUGUCAAGGCGAUUCUGGAUGAUACUACCGAUAAUUUGAACAGAGUCCGAGUAUGGGGCAUCAAAGGUGCACCACCACCUCCAACAACGAAGCUCGCCAUUUUCUACGCCGCGGGUUACCAGUCCGAGUUCGUCAUUAAUGCUACCGGAUACGCCACGGCCGAGAAAUUCGAUCUCUACGAACAUAUGAUGAAAUUUGGGCUCAAGCGCAAAGGCAUCCUCGACAAGUUCGACGUGCUUGAAUUCCAACGCACUACCUACUUACGCAUCUUCGCCGAAACUUUGGACCCGGCUAUUAACCUCGGCCUCGCGUCUCUCCUCGGAGAAUUUGCCAUGCAGCAUUUCUCUGGCUUCCACAGUACCAUGGACCAUCGUACAGUACUACCCAAACCCUACCUCUCAUUCUAUCCCGCACUGUGGCCGCAAUCGAAACUCAAGACUAGCAUCAACCUACUAGACUCGGCGAAGAGCGUGAAUGCUGUGCACAGAACGACCAUCCCUACAACUCCACCUCCAAAAUUCGAAGCUCUGGCGAAGCGAGAGAGCUACGAAACCCGCGAUCCCGUCGACUUAUACAGGUUCGGCUCGACAGUUCCAGCCCGCCUAGGCGGCAACGCCAACAUCGGUUUCUUCAUCCCCACUGCCCUACCCUCUUCCUAUCCUAACCCGCCCUUAUCCCCACUCUACGCUCAGUCAUACGCCUGGUUAUGCUCGCUGCUCACCAUCCCAAAGCUCAAAGCUCUUAUGGGGGACAGCUGGGAUGGAACGUACUAUGCCAAAAGUCUGGUUCGCCAAGCCACCAACACGAGCCCCACGCAUUCUACCCAGCAUUAUUGCAUUGCAAUUGGAGGGGUUAUGGCGCGGAUAGAAGAUAGUUACGCGGCUAGGGUGGGCUGA